AAAGAGAGAGAGAGAGAGAGAGAAAGAAUUUUCAUCCCAAGAAUAACGUAAUCGUUCCUUUUCUCUCAAUCACGUUAAUGAUAAGUUUCACUUGAUAAGUUUCUCUUUGUACUCUAACUUGAAUCAGAUUAAUUUUUUUUUUUCUUAAUUGUUCUCAGAGAAGCGAGUACCUAAAUCCUUAUAUCAUCUUAGAAGUUCUUAAAAAAUUCUAAGUCUUCUAAUGACCUUAUCUCAGCACUUCUAUUCGAGUGAUUCUAUUUUAUAAUUGUCGUUCUAAUUUUUUUGAUAUGAUAAGGAUUUGAAUGGUGGUAGAUAAAGAGAAAAAAAAAAAUAAUAAAAUAAAAAUAAAAAAAGAAAGAAAAAAGAUUAAGUUGAUUGACCGAUUGAUAAACGUACGUCAACCACCUUACGUCAGUUUUACGUAUAUCUAUAUAUAUAUAUGUAUAUAUAUAUACAUAUACACACACAUACAUCUUUCUAACCUCGGCUAUAAAGUAUCGACGAGUGACGUCGAUUUAGAAGGUAGUGUCUCACAUAAGUGUCUUAUACGAGUCGAGAUGAAUCAUCCAAGAAAACAGGAGAUUGCUGUUGCUGCUGCUGCUGCCGCUGCUACCGCCGUCUUCGUCUUCGUCUUCGUCGUCGUCGUCUUCGACGUCGUCAUUGGCGAGAGCCCCCCGUUAUUUUCAGAGGGCCGAAUCACACCGGUUAGAAAUAAACGCGGACUCGGAGGCUAGUCGUUGCGCAAAGCCCGCGAACAUCGUACUUGACUUAGUUUCGCGUUUGAUGGCCCCUGGCUAUACGGUUGACCGCAGUCUCUCGUGAUUUUUCCGAUACACCCCUUUUUUUCUUCAAUCGCGCUUACUUCGUUUCUUUUUUAAAUAUGAUCGCUCAAAGAAGGAUCGACUUCAAUCAACUGGCCAAGCCGGCAAAUUUACAAAACAGCGCUGUUCUACGUAUGCUCGAAGAGGAGGAAGCAAGACAACGAGGUGGUCAACCAAAUUUGAAACGUGUUGCUUGGCCACCACCUCCUGAAGAUCAAGAUCUUGACUUCGUUGAACAAGGACCUGUACAAGCGAAGACCCGUGGUAUCGGUGAGGUUCCCUCGUACCAGAGCAGUCCUUCAUCAGGUCCAUCACCCCAACCACCGUCAACGAUAGCUCGUUCAUCGACUCAGAGUGUCCUUCCAUCAUCUCCGUCGCCAUCGAUCAGUCCAAGUGGAACACUUCUGCGACAACCAUCGCAUUUUCAACAACCAUUUGCACCUAAAGGUUGGGCACCUGUUACACCACCUGCUACUUCACCUAUUCUACAACAACAUCCUCUUCAAACUUGGUCCAAUCAACCACAACCACAACAACAACAACAACAACAACAACAACAACAACAACAACAACAGCAACAGCAAGCUCAGACUACAUGGAAGCAGCAUUCUCAAGAGCAUAACGAGCGAACGAGACAACAGAAUCAACCGUAUCAAUCCUACGGUCCUGCAUCUUACGAAGCACCACCGUCUACUAUUGUUCUUAGACCGGAGCCUCCGAUCUCACAGGCACCAGCACCGGUGUACCAAGCACAACCUGCUGCAACGAAAGCUCCAAUCAGUGGUAACAUGAGAGGAGAUCUCAAAUGGCCACCACCUUCCGUAAAAGCACAAACGGAAGCUGAGAAUAGAGCCAGGAUGGAAUUGGCUAAAGGACCUGCAUUCAGGCCACGCCGAGUUAACAAGGAUUACAGCGGAUUUUUUGCUCAACAUGCUCUUAACAAUAGCUAUCCAGGUUACAGAGCUCCACCAGGAACUCAAUACUUUACUCCAUCUUAUCAACAUUAGCAGAGGCAUUCUAUAAUAUAUUCGCAUUAUAUUUUCGCCUUAAUAUUAUAUAGAUUUUUUUUAGGAUAUCUGCGCAAAUUCUGAUAAUGCCAAUCGACGAAUUACUUGAAAUGAAGUUUCUCAGGUUCUUUUUUUGUCUUUUUUUUUUCCUUUUUUUCUUUUCAAAAUUAGAUUCAUCGAGAGAAAUGAUAUGACUGACUCUUUAUUGAUGAAUUAUUUUAUUUAACAUAAUUUUAAUAUAUUACUCAUCUCUUUUCAUAUAGGUCUUGGCAAGCUCGUUGUACAGAUUUCCUGUGUCGAGAAUAUAUAUAUAUAUACAUACACAUAUAUAUAUAUAUAUAUGUAUAUGUAUAUGUAUAUGUAUAUGUAUAUGUAUAUGUAUAUGUAUAUGUAUAUGUAUAUGUAUAUAUGUAUGUAUGUAUCUAUUUACAGAGACUGACCGACCCGUAAAUUAUCAUAAUUUUACAUCAUUCUAUCUUUCUUUUUUCUUUCUUCUUUUUCUUUUUUUUUUUUUUUUUUUUUUUUUUUUUCUUUAGUCGCAUAAACAUUUUGAUAAAAAAAAAAUUAUGAAACAAAUUUAUGCACAAGUAUGCUUUCUACGUUUCUUUUUCUUUCGUGUUGACACUUUUAGAGAUCAUGACAUAUAUAUAUAUACACGUUUUUAAAUGAAAAAGUUCAUAGCAAAAUGAUAUGCGAAAAUUGAAUGCCCAAAUAAUGCUAGAAAUAAACAAAGAAUAUUUAAACGAUCAAACGAUAUCGAAUUAAUAUAUAGAAUAAUAUCAAUAGACGAACGAGAUAUUCGAAUGCUAUAUAAUUAAUUAUAUUAUGGAAUCGAAGAAAACACAUUAACGCACUAAAGCAUAAUUUAAUGUCGCAUAAUAGUUUUUUUUUCUUUUUUGUUUUUUCUUGUUUUUUUUUGUUUUCUUUUUUUUUUUUUAUUUUUAUUUUUUUUUUUUAUUUUUUUUUUCUAUAAAACGUAUCUCCUUUUAUAAUAAAAUUUGGCACUAACGUGUCUAUGAAUAACUAACGAUACGUUUGUAAUUAUGUAAUUUAUUGUUGUGGAGAGAUAAAUAAAAUGAUCUUUACAAA